UUUGGCCAAUCGUCUCAAGCUGGCACAGUCUUUCCUGACACUUACCCACGAAUCCGUGCUCAGAUCAGGAUCCUGCAGUCAAUCCUCACAGAGUUCUUCACUCGGAAGACAAGCAACGUGUUUGCCGCCCCACCUGCGAUGUGUCUGUGGCUUUUGUUUCCAGAUGCGAAUCCAGCAAGCGGUAAAUAAUUGCCUGUCAUGCAAUUGCAUAUGCUCUCACAGUAACCCUCAUCAUGUUCCUUGUUUCAAGGUAACUUCAGCGGUGCUGGUAGAGUGGUAGGCCACCCUCACAUGCAUGAAGAGGGAGAAGACACCAUUUAUCCACAUACCGAAGCUUUCCUCCUCCGGCAUUCCGUCUGAGACGCCCUUUCUCGAGUGGUGGAAGAAGGAAGAGGAGGGUGAUGAAGGGAGUGAGCCUCUUGGCUGUUCUUUGUCUGCUUUUGUUGAGUCCGCAACACCAUGUUGAGGCGGCUGGGGGUUUCAUCAGGACCAGGGGUCUGAACUUUGUUCUCGAUGGGAACCCCUUCUUUGCGAAUGGAUUCAAUGCCUACUGGCUCAUGACUCUGGCCUCAGAUCCAUCUCAGAGAGGCAAGGUCUCCUCUGCCUUCAGAGAGGCCUCCAGCCAUGGCCUCCUUGUGGCCAGAACUUGGGCUUUCAGUGAUGGAGGGGGCAAUGCUUUGCAGUACUCCCCAGGCCACUACAAUGGACAAACUUUCAUGGGGUUGGAUUUUGUGGUUUCCGAGGCCAGAAGAUAUGGUAUUAGGCUCAUCUUAAGCUUGGCAAACAACUACGACACCUUUGGAGGGAAGAAGCAGUAUGUCCAAUGGGCAAGAAAUCAGGGGCAGUACAUCGCAUCAGAUGACGAAUUCUUCACAAAUCCUGUCGUCGGAGGUUUCUACAAGAAUCAUGUCAAGACUGUUCUCACAAGAGUCAACUCCAUCACUGGAGUUGCUUACAAGGACGACCCAACAAUCUUUGCUUGGGAGCUUAUGAACGAGCCCAGAUGCCAAUCGGAUUGGUCAGGAAACAGUGUUCAGCGAUGGAUUGCAGAGAUGGCUGCGUAUGUGAAGUCCAUAGACAGCAAUCACUUGUUGGAAGCCGGUUUAGAAGGGUUCUAUGGGGCAUCAUCACCUCAGAAGCAAUUCAAUCCCAGGUUGCUGCAAGUGGGAACCGAUUUCAUCGCCAACAAUCGAAUUCCCAACAUCGAUUUUGCCACCAUCCAUGUCUACCCAGAUCAAUGGUUGUCCGCCUCCAACGAUCAAUCGCAGCUGGCUUUCUUGAGCAACUGGAUCGACGUGCACAUCCGGGACGCCCGCGACGCGCUCCGGAAGCCGCUGCUCGUCACCGAGUUCGGCAAGUCGUCCAAGGAUCCCGGAUUCAGCGUCGGUCAGAGGGACGCGCUGUUCAAGACCGUGUACUCCAAGAUAUAUUGGUCGGCCAGAAGCGGUGGUUCGGCCGCGGGCGGCUUCUUCUGGCAGCUGCUGAGCGAAGGCAUGGGCUCGUACGGGGACGGCUACGAGAUCGUUCUGAGCGAGGGGAGCUCGACGGCCAGAAUCAUAGCCCUGCAGUCUCGCCAGCUCCGUUACCUGGGCAAGUGGUACGCCAGGCAGCGAAACGUUGCGAAGCUCAACAAGGCCAAGGCCAUGAGGGAGGAGGAGCGACAGAGACGUGCAAGCAAGGCAGCUGAUGCAGGAAACUGAUGAUUAAGCCAUGCCUGCACCAGUCUUAUACGUCUCCUCGAGAUGAUCUUAUUUCAUCCAGGAGAGGAAAGCACCUUAUCGUUGUUUAAACGAUUAUAUUGUUAACAAUAAAUAUAUUUUGGUGUGAUAUUUAAAUGAUUAUAUAUAUUUCAAAAAAAAAAUUCCGAUCGAUCGGAUUA